CGCCCCCUCCCCUCCCCUCCCCCUUGAAUGCCGCCGGGUAGCCAGGCGGAAGCUGCCGCGACCAUUUUGAAAAAGAGGAGCAGCGACAGCAGCGCCAAGGACCAUGGACAAGGGGCACACAGUGAAGCUCUUUGUGGGCAACCUAGCGCUGGACGCCACCCAGGAGGAGCUGUCGUCCAUCUUCGAGCCGUACGGCCACGUGGUGAGCUGCAGCGUGCUGCGACAGUUCGCCUUCGUGCACCUGCAGGGCGAGGGCGCCGCCGAGCGCGCCAUCCGAGAGCUGAACGGCCGCGAGUUCCGCGGGCGCAACCUGGUGGUGGAGGAGUCGCGGGGGCGUCCGCUGCACUCCACCAAAGUCUUUGUGGGCAACCUGAGUGGCAUGUGCACCACCGAGGACCUCCAGCAGCUCUUUCAGACUUUUGGCAAAGUUCUGGAAUGCGACAAAGUCAAAGGCUACGCCUUUGUGCACAUGGAGAACAAGGAAGACGCGCUGCAGGCCAUCGAGGCGCUCCACGGCACCUCCUUCAAGGGCCGCCCGCUUUCGGUGGAGCUCUCCAAAGUACAGCCCAGCAAGCAGACCCCCACCGGCAAGAUCCCGUGCGUCAACUGCGGCAAGCAGGGCCACUACGCCGGCGAGUGUCCCGUGGGCAAGCCCACCCUGGAGCAGUACCAAAGUCAGGCGGCCGUCUUGGCCGCCGCCGCCGCGGCCGCCGCCGGCCUGCCCCUCCAAGUGCAGCAGAGCGUGCACAACUCGGUGUACAACACGUCCACCUUUGAUCCCACGUACGCCGCCCUCACCGGGAUCACCACGGGCACCCGCACCGACGGCAACCCCGUCAACCCGGCCGUCUACGGCGCCCUGGCCAGUCAGGUGUACGGCGCCAACGUGGCCAAUCAGCUGUACGGCUCGGUGGCCAACCAGGCCGCGCUGACGUCGGGGGCCGCUCAGGUUUACAGCUCGGUGGCCCCCAACCUCUACGGCCAGGUGGCGGCCAAUGCCGCCUCGGCUUACACCACGCCCGUUUACACGCCGGGCAUGGCCAACCCCAUCUACCUAACGGCGGCGCCGGGGCUGGAAAUGCAGUCGGCGGCGGUCAACCCCGCCUACACGGUGGCGCCGGCGAUAUCGCCCGCCUACGCUCACAUCACCGCCAUGGGCGCCGCCGACCCCACCACGGCCAUCUUCGAAGCGGCCAGACAGGCCCAUUAUUUCGCUCAAGGCCAGCAAGUGAUGGCCGAGCAGCAGGCGGCGGUGGCGGCGGCCAAGUCCAGCGAACGGGACCGCAGCCCGCUCCGACGGACUGCUCCCCUCCUGCCGGACCCCAUCAUGAAGCCUUUCAUUUACCAGCGCUCCAAACCGCGGCGCUCCCUGCUCCCGACACCCGCCGGCCGCGCCGCAGAGGAGGCGGCGUCAGAGGCGACUGAGGACCACGUGGCAAGAUACUAUGCUGACUACUACCAGCAGUUGCAGCAGUACCCUCACUUCCAGUACGCCUACCCCUCCCCCGGGGCCGUCACCGCCAUCUCGGCCAUGUCCGGCCAGCCCGUGGCGGCGGCGCUGGAAGCCCUCAGGCCAGUGGUCCCCGCCGCAGCCAUUGCUACGCCCAGGGUGUAUGAGCCGCCGUUGCCGCCGACCACGCGCAAGGAGUCCAUCCUCCGCCGCCCCGAACUCUCCCUUCACACGCCUGAGCCCCCCUUCCGAUAGUUUCUCCCCCACCCCCACCCUUCCUUUGCGGGCUGUUUUUGGGGUCCGAUGGGCGGGGCGAUUAACCUGCUUGGCCAGCCGUCGUCACGCGGUGCAGCCCCUCCCCCACCUGUCGGCCACCUUCCGCUCUUGCCGUGCCAGUCGCCGAGACCACGCGCCCGCCGCUCUCGGCAAAGUUUGCGACGUUGAGCUUUUUCCCAACUCGCCGGCUGAACUUGAUUUGACCUCGAAAGUUUGGGUUUCAAAAUGGAGCGUUAUUUGCAACUGGCCAAGACCGUCCCAAAAAGACUUUCACGAGGUCCAAUGAAGCGCAGCCGCAACGCGUACAUUCGAGGCCUGCCCUGAAACGUCACCCGAAAGCUCAACGUAGCCAAUUUUGCGAGAGGUGACCUUUGACCUUUUUCCUUCUUGUGCCAGUAGCGAGCCGCCUGCGCGACUCGCCUUCAAAGUCCGUUUAUGGACCGCUCACCAUUCUUCUGCGUGUGUUCGAGCGAUGUCGGAGGGAGGGAGGGGGGGGCGGAGUCUUAGUUGCCUUAUAUGAAUUAGCUCAGCCAAGAUGAACAUUGCGACGGCGAGCCGUACUUCAACUUUUGUGUUUCUCCCCCAACACGCCUGCUGUGUUUUUUUUUUUGUUUUUUUGUCAAGUUUUUUUUUGUUUUUUUGGGGAACAGCAGCCCACCUCCUCCUCUCCGUUAUUCUUAAGUGUCGUCUUUUUGUUUGUUACUGCCGUGCAUGUCGACUUGUGGCACCCCGCCACUUUUGACAUACCCCGUUGGGGGCGGGGCUUCACGUUCAUUUUCACACACGGGUGAUACGAGAUUUUGUGACUCCAGCGAUCCUUUUUUUUUUUUUUUGCAAAAUGAACCUUUUGACAGCUGCGCAUAGACACGCACCACAAUCGCCCUACUGCCUUGCUGCCCCCCCCCCCUUUCUGGUGGUCACAGUGUAAUGUCGAAUUUGGUGUCCACUUUUUUUUGUGUCUUGUUUUAUCGAGGGCAUGCUCGCUCGGAUUGACACGUGUAUCCAAACUUGAAUAAACCUUCUCUGGACGUUUAGUGCUGACUAAAGGAACACAAAGCUUGGGCCCAUGUGCGCUUGGUCUUCUUCUUCCUUCUGCGCCUCGUCUUCUUCAUGCAGGGUGGGUGGGUGGGUGGGGUUUUCGCCACGGUGUGUUUGUGUGUUGACUGUGCAUGACGCCACCGGCCCGCCAUGUCCGCCCACCCCGCACUAACUGUGUCAACUGAAUUAGGUCACCUGGAUGGCGGCGCGGAUGACUUUUUAGCGUGACGUCAAGUCGCCACCAAGGUAAACCAACCGAGCUUUUGCCCCCCCCCCCCCCCCCCUCCAUCUCCCUUUGCCUUGUCCCCGAGACUGCCCCAACCAUCACCACAAACACACACACACACUUCCUCCCGCCCUCCCCCCUUUUCUGGGGGCAGGCUGAAACCCACCUCCAGUCUCAGCCGCUGCCUCGUUUUGCAACAAUGGACACACCGAGCCGCUCGUUCCCCUGGCCGAAAGCCGAUGCCGUUCCGCCGCAUUCGCCGCCCUCGCACCCCCCCCCCUUCACCCCCACACUUCCAGCCGCCGUUUACACACCGCCCUUUUUUUUUUCCCGCCGCCACCGCCGCCGCCCCCCCACCCCCCCGGAUGGGAAUGCCGACUCAGCUCUGCCAGAUCCUCGCGCUGCCUUGUACCUUGUUGCCGUUGAGGGAAUGUGGACCAAAGAUGUGAGUGAGUGAGUGAGUGAGUGAGUGAGUGAGUGAGUGAGUGAGUGAGUGAGUGAGUGAGUGAGUGAGUGAGUGAAAGAGUGAGUGAAAGAGUGAGUGAAAGAGUGAGUGAGUGAGUGAAAGAGUGAGUGAGUGAGUGAAAGAGUGAAAGAGUGAGUGAAAGAGUGAGUGAAAGAGGGAGUGAAAGAGCGAGCGAGCGAGUGAAAGAGCGAGCGAGCGAGUGAAAGAGCGAGCGAGCGAGUGAAAGAGCGAGCGAGCGAGUGAAAGAGCGAGCGAGCGAGUGAAAGAGCGAGCGAGCGAGCGCCAAGUGCAUCAUCCAGGUAGAGUGAACCCCUGUUCAGCGUGGCAGGCAAAUCUCAAAAUACCAUGUCGAGAUUCGUUCGAGUGGGCACGACACUAAUAAUCGAUUUAGAAUCCGAUGAUGUGCCAUCAUUGGAACCGGAGGGGUUUUUUUUGUGUGUGUUAUCGCGAGUCCACUUGUUACUUCUCAAACGAGUGUGUGUGAUGGCAUCUGUACAAAAAAAAAAAAAAGAAUUCCUUCUUUUCAAUUCCCUACAAAUCUUUUCGAAACGGGACCAUAACAC